AUGUUACUCUACGCAUUUGCACUCAUACCCCUCUACAUUCUCGUGUGGGUACCUCUCUCUCAAAUCAUCUUCGGUCGUCAAUCUUCACUCGAUGAACCUCUUGAUUUGAACUCUACAUUUAUUGCUAGUGAUGAACCCCUCAAUUGUCCGGAAGAUAGUUAUAAGAUGUUUAUCAUUAGUCGAGAACCUCUUAUGAUAUAUAUUGAAGGGUUUUUGAAAGGGAAUGAAAGUAGACAUUUGGUUGAUGUUAGUGAACCGCUCUAUGCACCAUCUACCAUUUCUUAUGGACAGGAAACUACAAUUGAUACUUCAGUUCGUCACUCAGAAGUAGCGUUACUAGAGAGGGAUGAGGUGGUCAGGUGUAUUGAGCACAGAGCGAGAGCAUUUCAGGGGUGGCGGGGAGAGAUGGGGAUUGAAAAGUUGAGGACGCAGAGCGAUUGGAGUGGAGGCAAACGCGGCGUAGACCGAUUAAGUACUUUUAUGGUCUAUGUCGAUGUAUCCCCUGAUAUUAAGGGUGGUGGAACGGAAUUUCCGCGUGUGGUGGGACCAAAAGGAGGGAGAUGGGAUGAAUUCCUUGAUACCACCGAAGGGUUGGAUCCAAGAAGUGGAAAGAAUGUGACGGUUGAAGGAGUUACAUUUAAACCGGUGAAGGGAAACGCGAUCUUUUGGGAGAAUGUUGAUAGAGAUGGAAGGGGAUACGAAGAGACGUGGCAUGCUGGGUUGCCGGUGGAGAGGGGAUCGAAGGUGGGGUUGAAUAUUUGGAGUUAUGGGAGGACUAUUAGAUGA